CGCCGGCGGUCGAAGCGGGAGGUUACUUUAGUCGCGCGCCGGGUCCGAUACCACGUGUUUGUAUUUCGCGUACGAACCGAGCGAACAUGUUUACGAUAAGUGAUCCUGCUGGGAAUUUUUGUGCCGGAUCAAGGGUGGACUCGAGCGGUUAAAUAUUUCAACGAGAAUAAGCCCACAGCGUGCGUGGUGUAUGAAAUGUUCCGUUCUCGGGAGCGGUGAACGGCGACCAUGAUGUUCACGAGUGUGGUGGUGUGGUUGUCGGCGUGGUGGGUGUCGGCGGGCGGCGCGGGCCCCACGCGGCAGGCGCUGGCCGACACGGCGGUCCCGCGCUGCUGCCCCGCCGGACACGCGCUGCGGCACGACGCGCUGCGGCCCGAGGUGGUGACCCGCGCCGUCGCGCUCGCCGCAUGCCAGCCCGCGCCCGAGCCCGCCGCCUGGACGCCCUUCGUCUUCGCUCCGUCCCGCCGCCGCUUCCUGAAACGCGGCCAGAUCCCGCCGCACUGGCGCCUCGUCGACGGAGCGAUCCCCGCCUGCGACGAGCUGCGGCCCGUCCGCGAACACUCGGCCGCCUUCGCCCUCCUCGGAAACAACGCGUCGCUGCUCCUCCGGGGCGUGUUCCAGCUGCCCUCGGAGCGGUUCUGCGCCGACUACGGCAUCGCGCUCGUGUGCGCGGCGGACCCGAUGCCGUCGCUCAAGUGCUGCCCGGAGCGCAGCGCGUUCGACGGGGAGCGGUGCGCGGAGCGACCGGAGCGACCGGAGCGGGCGCUGGCGGCGCUGGAGGAGCUGCGCGCGCUCGCCAACGGCAGCGCGGUGGGGUUCGGGUGGGCGGACUGCGCGGAGGGGUCGCGGUACUCGGUGGUGGGCGCGGUGGCGGGCGCGCGGCUGGCGGCGGACGGCGCGCUGGUGCUGGCGGGCGGCGCGCGGCUGGCGGCGGGCGCGUGGUGCGCGGACGCGGUGCCGGACGAGUCGGGCGCGCGCGUGCUGGCGUGCGCCGGCGCCGCGAGGGCCGCCCGCCCCGCGCAGGCGCUGCGCCACGCGCUCUACGGCGCGGGACUGGCGGUGGGCGCCGCCUUCCUGGCCGCCACGCUCGCGGCCGGGUUCGCGCUGCCGGCGGCGCACCACGCGCUGCACUGGCGCUGCCAGACGCAUUACGUGGCGGCGCUGAUGCUGGGCGACGUGCUGCUGGCCGCCACGCAGCUGGCGGGCGACCGGGUCCCGCCGACGCUCUGCCGAGUCCUCGCCGUCUGUAUGCAUUUCCUGUUUCUGUCCGCCUUCUUUUGGCUCAACACGAUGUGCUUCAACAUAUGGUGGACUUUCCGAGACUUCCGUCCGACGAGCCUGGAGCGCGGGCAGGAGGCGUGGCGGCUGCGCGUGUACAUGCUGUACGCGUGGGGCGGGCCGCUGGCGCUGGCCGGCGCGGCCGCGCUGCUGGACCGCCUGCCGCCCGGCGCCGCCGCCGCCUUCCUGCGCCCGCGCUUCGCCGUGCAGCGCUGCUGGUUCUACGGCGACAUGGAGAUCCUCGUGUACUUCUUCGGGCCCGUCGGCGUGCUGCUCUUCAUCAACCUCGCGCUCUUCAUCUCCACCACGCGCCAGCUCACCUGCGGCCUGUGGCGCCGCGACGAGGUCAAGUCUACUUCGGAAAGGGCGGCUCUCGGGCGCGUGUGCGCGAAGCUGGUGGUGGUGAUGGGCGUGACGUGGGGCGCGGACGUGGUGUCGUGGGCGGCGGGCGGGCCGGAGUACGUGUGGUACGCGACGGACCUGCUCAACGCGCUGCAGGGCGUGUUCAUCUUCCUGGUGGUGGGCUGCCAGCCCCACGCGCUGGCCGCGCUGCGCCGCGCCGCCGCCGCCUGGUGCCGCUGCCGCGCGCGCGCCAACACCCACGCGGCGCGCGGCACGCACUCCUCCACGCACCUGCCCUCCGUCGGCGAGUCGCUGACGCACACCACGCCCGCCCCGGCCCUCACCAACGCCGCGCCCGCCCCGCCCGCCCCGCCCGCCCCGCCAGCCCCGCCCAAAAUCCCCAUGGAGACCGUGUGCUGAACCGAAAGCUUUAAUUAGGGACCGUAUUUAUUACUCAGUAUUAUUUUUGUAUUUGAACUGUGUCAGUGCGGAGGCUCGGUGCGGUGUGACGAUGACUGUGACGACGAUGUAUCGCUAUGGAUAAUGGAAGUGACGACGAUGCGUAUGCUAUAAUUAUAGGUAUCAUAUGAUUAUGAAUGUUAUUUGUGAAUAAUGAUUAGAUAUGUGUUCGUAUCUAAAACUCUAAAUCCCGACGAGUGGCGCGGGUGAAUAACUCUUGCCCCGAACGACCGUUUCAUUGGCUGUUGAAAAUAUACUUUGAACAUAAUUUUGUUUUUUAUUUCUUACGUUCUUUCCGACGUUAUAGCUUUUUCAUGCAGGCUAUUACAAAAAAUAUUUCGAAGUACAAAAGCGUGUUCAU